AUGGCUUCAAGCGCGCGUACGAUGCUUCCCCAGAAGCGAAAGCAACUGACCCGGAAGCAGAAGCUGCUAGCAGACAUGCCGACGCUGGUGCUGGAGCAGCUCGAGCGCGAGGCCUUGCGAUACCUGGAUGACGCCGAGAGACUGAGCAAGAAGAAGUCGACGCCAGCCCCAGUUGACGCCGAUGCCUUCCCGUGGGCUGCACGGGCCGCGAGCUUCCGCCCUGCGUUCUACAGACCCACAGUGAUGUUGGGCCACAGCGGUGUGCGUCGACCCGGUAUCGACGCUGUGAGCCGCUUGCUGGUCAGCCAAGACAAGCGCAGUAUCAAGUGCUUCGUGCAGAGUGUCGACGAGGAGACCGGUAAGCUGUCCACGCAGUGCGAUCAUCUCAGCAAGAACGCAUCGUCCGCGUCGCCGGCCUUUUUGAUUCUGGACCUGCUGAGCUUGCACAGCAUUCGCGAGCUGGAAGAGGUCGUGCGCACAAGGCUGGUACAGGCUCUGGGGAAGCGAUCGCGCUACACCCGCGAGCAUUUCGGCAUGGAGGCGCACCAAGCGCAGCGUUGGCUGGAGCAGCAGCGUCGCAAGAAGGUCGGCGAGCAGCCACCUAUCUCUCUUUGGUAUUGCAGUGCGGAUGGCGUCCGCCGUCACAUCAAGCUCGAUGAGUCGUCGGCCAAGCCGUCACCCAAGGACAUGCAGGCGUGGCUCUGCUUCUGCGCGAAUGUGUGCCAUCUCUCGGUGGUGAUCGCGGCGCCGAAG